AUGCGGCCGUUGCUCCCUCUGGUAGCCUUGGUUGCCUCGGGUCUCCAGGCCGAUGCCCUGGCCCCGGUUGAAGGGGAUCCUCCUAAUCUCCCUGUUUUCCCCACUGGAGACGCAGAAGGCCCUUCCUUUUACUCCCACUCUCCACUUCCCGUCUCGCCUCAUUCAAAGAUUCACCACAGGCGAUCGAUCUCGGCUCUUGCUCUAAUCGUCCCAAUAGUUGCUGUGGUGUUCCUCAUCUACCAAUGCAUCUUGCACUUGAAGCGAAGGGAUGACCCUUUCAUAACAGUUCAAAGCAGGCGCCUGGCCAGUGGUGAACUGGACCCAUGUAGUGCACCUGAGGGAGACGAAAGUGGUUCUGAUCCGGCCGCCCUACCAACUGGCAACGGUUCCCCUCACGGCAAGCAGCUCGGGCGAUUGCAGCUCGGGCCUCAAGAUACGGCAUGUUUGACUCAGGAAGAAGUCCGUGGGGUCGGAGAUGCGCGCAGACUUUUACAGGGUCUUAUAAAGGAGAUUCAAUCACUUGAGCAGCAAUCCUCUUCGCUUUCUUCCACAGCGGCGAGCUUGCGAGCCUCGCUGGCAAAGCCACCAGAAGGGGGAGGCCCUGAAGCAGAACAAAAAAAGAAAGAAUUGCAGAAAAUGCUCCAUAAAACUUCCCAAGGAAUGGAUAAAGUAAGGGCGCAACUGGUGGAGAAAAAGUUUCACUGUAAUGAGAAGAUGUGGACGGCGGGACAAGAUUCGACGGCACUUCUCCGGAGGGCGAGCCUGUUGGCCUCUGGACGGCAUGUGACUAGCGGUGCAGCUGCUGCGUUGGUCGCACGGGAUAUUGUCCUUGGAACGGCUCCAGAUAUAAUAUUUGACGGACCGCUAAAGACUGCUUUAGGAGCGCUGGUGCAACAACUUCUGGCUGAAGAAGGUCGAUGCAAUGUAUGGGUCAACCGGUCACCUGGACCCAAUUACUGGAGCCGCCGAGUCGCUGGGGGCGGCACUUGGAAGAUGCAUGGGAGGGCCAACGAGUCAAAAACCACAAACUCGGGUUAG